AGUCUGAGCAUGCUGUGGGCGGAGCUCUGUUCAGCGGGAGAAUGCAGAUCACCUCAGCUGGCGGGAGUGUCCCUUUGACACAUUCCUACAGUCUAAGGUAAACCGAGGCUCAUUUUCUUAUUGCUCCAUAUAGCCUCACGUGUAUACCUUUACAUGCCAUACCCGCCGAGGAAGAAAGGUUUUUGCAUGUUAAGUGUGAGUUGUACGUCUCAGAUUGUGGGAAAUACAAUGAGCUUGUCAAAAAUUUACCUUUUUUUUUUUUUUUUUAAAUAUAUUUUGCAUUUUGUUUUACUUCCUUUCCAGAAUGACUUAUUUACUGAGAAACUGUCUGAAAAUGAAUCCUAAUUGAAGUGACCAUGUAAAGGUUUGUUUGCAUCAACUCUAACAGGUAUAGCCAUUAAAUAGUGUUGCAAUUGAAUCACCUUUUCCCCAGUAUCUUGGGACAGGAAGUCGCAGGUAUUCGCAUGCAGCAUCUCAACGUCAUGCAUAUAGGCGUGCCAAAGGAACAGGGGCGGAUCACGGAGGGCGUUGUCACCUUUAGUUUAUUGCUGAACCUGGCGGUUGUGAUUGUGUCUUCUUUAUCUUUCUUUCGGAGUUCACUGGCAGCGGUGUGAGGGGAUCUCUGCACGCUUUGAAGAUGAAUCUGUACAGGAGUUUUGGGAACCUCAUGGAAGUGUGGGUACAUGAAGACAGGACUCCUCUGGAGCCAGAGACGCUUGAAGACAAUGUAAAUGACUCUCCUACACCUUCCUCUAACAUGGAAACAAACCCAUGCUUAGAGUCCGCGGACUCUGGAGUGGAGACGGCCAGCUGUGACACACCGUGUUCCAUUUUGUCUACCGACGACGCAGAAUUCGACUUGUUGACGCAACAAAGGGAAGACCCCUCUCCGGCACCAACAUCCCGCUCUCCUGUCCUCUCCUCUCCUGCAGUUUCCUUUUCUACUUCUUCAUCCUCGCUCCAGUGUCACAGCAAAAUCAAGGAGGGCUCGACUAAAGUAAAAGUGGAGCAAGUUCUGCAGAGGAGUGUCUCAAAACAUACAAAGUACCUGAAUGAGAUACCCAGCCCAAGGCCUCGAGCAUCUUUUCAAGCUACACGCCGAGCCUCAGAUGUGCAAUGUCAAAGGUCAGAGAGCAUGGGCCAAAGAAGGAGGGGUUAUUCACCUGUUCCCAUUAUAAAGAAGACAGAAGGAGAAAGAAGGCGGCCAGUUUCAAUGGCUUGUGACCUGGCCAGAUCAGAGGAUAGAAUAGUGGAGGACAAGAAGGAUCUGAGUCCUGGACUCUGGUACUUGGAGCAGGUUUGUCAGUUGCUGGAAGACCUUGCACAGAAGCGGAUGAACAACCAAGCAGUGCAAACAGAUUCUGUUAGUAAAGAAGGCAUACAGGAUGACUCAACAGGUGCUGAGACGAUUCGGCCCUCUUGCAAGAAUCUUGAAAACAAAGAAAACACAGACGCCUCCAGUGACACCAAGAAGCCAAAAACACGGCAUUUCCGUCAGAGAUCCGCCUCAGAUACAACUCUUGCAGCAAUGCAUUUAAAAAAGUUGGAUCCAAGCUUCAGAACACAACAGCAAAAGAGUACAAGCAACCUGCUAGCAGCAGUGUCAGAAGACUGUGAGGCACAGGAUUUGAUGACUGAGGGGUCGACAAAGCGUAACAAGUUCCCAAAAUUAAAAGGUCUGUCUUUGCACAGAGGGCACUUUGCAGUGUCAUCCACAAGAAGCCAACAGAUGCAGCCAUCUGAGAAAAGCACAGUAGUUCGACGGCUGAGCCAGGUGUUUAGAAGAAAGAAACAAGUGUCAAUGUAAAAGGACUGGAGUCUCACUGCAUUAUUUAGGCUUUGGUUUCUGAAGAAAAAAGGAGUGUAAGCACUGACUGCCUUUAGCAUAGCCUACAAUCUAGCUCUAUGCUCUGUUUAUUUAUUUACUUUAAAAAAAGCCAUAUAUGUAGGUAUUAUAUACGAAUUUAUGUGGGGCUUUUUGCACUAUAUUGUUUAUCUGUCAAUUUGUACAGUUUUCUUGUGUAGCUUUCAUUGUUAAAGUUGCAGAUGUACAAAUCUAAAUGUUUUGGAGUUGAGGAUCCAAUAAGGCAUUAAAAAACAUGUAGUAUCAGUGUUAUUUAUUUCUUCUCAUUAAUUUGUUUAUAUUUUUGACAUCAUACAGUCAAACCCUAAAGCUCCAUAGUCUCUGCUUUGGCAUUUAUAUUAAAUAUAGAGCACUUUUGUACAGAAUUAAUGUUCUGAUUGAAUACUCUUGUCUGAGAUGAAUAUUCAAGUAUUUUUGCCUAUGGUUGUUGUUACUCAUCGGUCAACAUGUCUAUUUUUGAUACAUUCCAGAUGUUUGUAACAAAUACAAAACUAAUGUACAGGUUUUGUUAAAUAUAGUUGUAUAACCGCAUUUACUUUAAGUAAUUAGCCAAACUUACUCCAGCUAAAGAAAUGUUUAUUGACAAUCUAACAUCAGAUACAACAGCUCUUCAUUUGACUUUUGUGGCUCGUGUAUUGAGAUUAAUGUGGAAGCUGAUGUAAAAAAUUCCUACUCAGUCAUUUAUGAGGUAGUUAAACGUUGUUAGUGGGUUGCAUCCUGACUUCAUAAUUCAUUGUGAACUUAAUGCUGUGCUGCAAAAUGGAAUGAAGUUCAUGAAUAAUUGAUGCUAUGACUAGAUGGAGUUUGAAGCUAAAAAAA